AUGGUUGUAUUCUCUGUGUUUCCUUACUCUAUCGAUCUAGGAAGCUUACAACCGACGGCUUUUUUCGAGAAAUUUGGUGUUAAAAGUCCCAAUGGAAUCGAUCGUCUCCCCUUAGUUUUAUUCGGUGGAAUGGUUGAAGUUCCAUUCUUCACAAACGAGGACCUAAUCUCACUGUUUCCAAUAUUUGAAUCAUUUCUAUCCACUUGUAAUCCUGAUAAUCUUUUUGAAAGCGUCGACAUUCUGAAUUCCUUUAUUAAAGAGCGUAUAAUAACCUCUGAGGACUAUAAGAUAUUAGAUAAAGAAGUUAAUCUACUCGAAACCGCUUGCCGGAUUUUACUUCCACAUUGGGAUACGGAUUAUACUAAGGUUCUGGAGGCAGUCUUAACGUUUUUUGGACAUAUUUUCAACUUGACUUUCACCGCACGUCUACCGGAAUCUUUCGCUAAAUGGGUUCAAUCAGCAGUCAUUGAAAGGUGCAUUCUCGAAACACCGUUCUGCAGUACCGAGCCGGUUUUUGAGAGGUCCCCAUAUUUAAUGACCAGUCUUCUGCUUUCUUUGGCCUGGAAUUACAGUGCUUCGCUUGCGGGGGAUGUUAUAAAUUUCAUUAUUGAGUACAGUCAAGGCAAUGUGAAUAAAUGGCUUCAAACUGUCCUAAUUCCGCUUGCUAACUUUCUCCUACAUGGAGUUAUUUCUUGCUCUGCAGAACAACAGUUGAAAUACCUCCCCGAAAUGGAUCAUUACGAAGCUGCCGUAUGGAUUCUUCUUUCUAGUGUUUUGAAAUUGCGCCUCCAAAACUUAGUUCAUCGUUGUUUCAAAGAAUCACUAGGAAAUCUCCCCAUUGGUGAUCUCUAUCGGGAACCACAGGACCCACUUUCCAUGUGGCAAAUGCCCUUCAUUGAAGAAAUUGUUAAUCAACUUGUCAUGCUCUUGAACGUAUCUGACCUAUUUCUCGAUUUUCGACUCACUUCUUUUAUCAAUCUUCUUCCACUACUCUCCUACAAUAAGGCUGUUCAAAUUACCCAGGAGAAUCCUAAACUGGUUGAGACAGCCCUGAGUCAUAGUAGUGAUCGGAUUAGAUCAGAUAUGUGUAACACCUUAUCGAAGCUAAUUCUCAAAAUUCCGUUUACGUCUGAACUGCAGUCGGAGUUAUAUUGCUGGCUUUUUGAGGGAAUUAAGAGUCUUCUACUUUCGGCUGAUCCCACGGCUCGAAAUAUGACCAAUCGUUCAUUCUUUGUUGCCGCUCAACAAAUAAGGAAUCGUUGUGCUACUUGCUCCCUUAAGGAUUUGGAGAAUUUUCCAGUUCAGCGGUGGACAGGUGUGAAUGGAUACCCCCCUUGUAAUGUGGAAUAUCCAGGAAGGACUCUUAAUUCACCCUUAGGAGCCCUAGGUAAGGUGAUGGUCACUGUAUAUCUUAGUUCUCUAGUUGAUGUCUAUCGUUUCGCAUCUACUCUGUGGUCAAACUGUGCUUCCAGACCAGACGUUUGUACACAUGUACCAAUAACGGGGCUUUCGCCAUUUAUGAUGGCGUUGCUUUCUCGUCCCUUUCUGCCACCUGGAAUGCCUUAUCAGCGACAAAAAAUGCUGAUAUUGCUUAUCAGUAGUAUGUUUAAACUCGGUGUUAUUGAGAACAGCAAGACAAAUGGUGUUAAUAAAUUUGGCUUCGAGCCAUGCACAGCGAAGAACCUGCAAUUAAUCAUUGAGCAUUUGUCUGAUAUUACUGGUUUUCCUUCUCUUGUUCAUAGUACAACCUGGAUCCAAUUGAUAGCAUCUCUGCCUAAUGUUAAUUCUGAGAUACAAGUUAGCUUGCUAGAGAUUCUCACCACUUACUGGCCGGAAUCAACACCCGAAUGGUUCACACAGACAGUGCGAGAGGAUCUUUAUCGUCUUGCUGAAAUUUGGUCCAAUUUUCAUCUUCCGGAAGUCUACACUGCUGGUGCAAAUUUGUUUCAAUGGCUGUUCACAAUUGGCAGCGAAAAUACUGCAAAUCAACUAGCAUCUCUGCUUCUUGAAGACAUUAAAGAUGGCUGCAAAGAAAAUUCUGGUAGUGAUCACGAAGAUGAUCUUUCUCAACGAAUAUCGGAGAAGCCAAUCCAUGGCUUCCUCAUAGCUAUCGACAAUAUCCUAUUCCAUUAUGGAAAGCGCAUUAAUCCCAAAAUUCAGUUUCCUCAGCCGGUUUUCAACUCCUCUAUAGACAAGGCUGUAUUCUCUAGACUUGGUGAACUUUUGAGCCCUUGUUUGGCUCAAUACUGUCUUCAGCUCUCGAAUGAAUGUCUUUCGGUAAUGGGUGUUCCUACAUCUUUUACAAACUAUGAAGGAUCUACUUUGUCACAUCUUGUGGCCGGAUGUGAAGCUUCUUCUUUUGAAAAAUUAGGCAAAUCCGUUCUCGAGUUAGCACUUCAAGCUCAAAAGAAGACAUUGACUGAUCAAGAGACUCUAGAUCACACAGAUGAUGAUACUGUGCCCAUAGAACUUUCCUCGCAAUACAAACGCAUUCUUUCCUGGAGUUGGUAUAACCUGAAGCUAACCUCCAGCAUCUUGGUGAAAUGGGUAUAUUUCCGUGUCUGUAUGGCUCUUUCUUCUGGAGGAAAAGUGGAUGAUAUUGUUCAGAAACUACUAUCACAUGUUGGCAAACAGCUGAUAGGGAUCUUAAUGGCUUGUCGACACAGAGGUCUUGUGGAGUCAAUAUUUCAGUGUCUACGGGACUAUUUGACAAUCUCCGCCUAUUUGAAUCAAUACGAAUUAGAGGGGUCUCUCAGACAUAUGUUAAUCCAACCAGAACAAGUCGUAGAAGUCUGCCUUUUAGCUGUCAAAGUGGGGAAAUUCUCAGUUACGCGUCGAGCGGCUGGGUUAUGGCCAGCAGUGAAAGCUGUCCUUGUGUCUGAGAUAAUUGUCUCCAUAUAUGAUCAACCCAUACUCUAUCGCUGGCUUUGUGAGAUGCUCAAAAUUAGUAGUUCGUCGAUCGAGUCGCCAGAUAGUGAUGAUAGUGGAAAGCAUGAUUCACCUCGAGCCCUCGCAUUGCAUCUUAUGAAGGGAGUACUGGAAGAUGCCAGAUUGGGUCCUGUGGCGUUUGCUUUAUCUCCUCCUCCAGGUUCUGACAACUGGCUCACAGCGCUUUUCUGUGAUGUUGUAUUGCCGAACUUUAGUCACGGAGAAUGGACGGUAGCUAAUGGAUCACUUCAACUAUUCGCAACCAUUGUGAAACGUCUGAUUGGUCCUCUAUACACACGCCCAGGAACAUCUGUAGCUGAGAUUUUUGGUUGCUAUCCCCGUCUUUUCCACACAUUUGUGAACAUUCUCUCGGAUCCUUUAACACAGAAAAGUCUAGCGCGAAAUCGUGCAGUUCCGCUCCUUGGAUUUCUAUCUAGGCUGAAGCCUUCGUCGAAUGCCGCUUUCUCGGAGGAAAGUAGUACCAGGAUGGUGGACUGUCUUCAAAGCUACUUGUCUCAUCCAGUCGCUCAAAUACGCUACCUUGCAGCUAAAUCAAUCGCUGCCUUUAUUCCGCUUUCUCCAUCACGCGUAACUGGGGCUUCUUUCUUGGCUUCUGGAGGUCCAUGUGGCAUUCUUGAAGAAGAGCUCUUACCUUGUAGAACCUUGAAGCAAUCUAAUGGUGCGAACAUCAUAAGUGGACAAUUGCUCAGUUUAGUGGCUUGGAUUGAGCGAGCGCCUACUAGCUCCGAGUCGGCAGCUAGAGCUAAAAUGAUUGUCUGGUCCCGCGCAAUUGAGGUUAUGAAUAAAUGGACUGGUCCCGAUUGUAAAUAUUGGUACUUGGCCACCCACUUGACAAGACUCAUGCGAUGUGUGUUCGAGGCUAUUCCUCCUGAGGAAAAAGCUCACUAUUGCAAACAAUUUCAUAGCCUUUAUAAUUUCCAACAAUGGAAGGAUUGUUCCAAUGACGCUGCAACUGAGGGCCUCUUCCCUGUGUUCCAUUCCGUACUCUAUGACCUGUAUUACACGAUGCACGAAUUUAAACCCCUCCUUGCGAAGUGGGAUGACAAUUUCAUCACUGUUCCAGACACUCCACAACAUGCUGAUAUCUUGUUCUACCUUCUAUUGAACUCGAACUGUGGGGUAUAUCCAGAUCUUGGCGAUAUAGUCUUAGGGAAUCAUACCUCAGCAUGCAUUCUUAGUCAAGCUCUGAAUGUUUGCCGAAUUCAAAGCAAAGAUGAAGCGGAAAUUACUAAGUGCUUAGAGAUACUCAGCAACACUGACGACAAAUCACUAAUUCCUGCAAUAUUACUAAAUAUGGCGCCGAAGCUUGCAAGUUUGCACAAUGUUGAGAUGAAACGCAAAUUCACAAACUGGUGGUUGGAGAACUUGAGGUCGUGCUUGUCAAUUGAGACUUCUGGAGAACAAUCCAGAUUGCAAGCUGCAAAAGCCUUCCUUGAAUGGUUGAAUUCGAUAAAGCAAUCUAUAAAGGAGACUAUUACUAGGUCUCAUGAGACAAUUGUUCUUGAUCUCCUAUUCUCUGGCCUGUUCGAUGAAUCUGCGGAAGUACGUCAACUAUUUGGACAAGGAGUUGGAAAAUUGUUUGGUCUCCAGUAUCCUCUCUGUACUAUAAGGGGGGUUGAUAUUCUUAUUUCAAAUCUUGAGAAAUUUGCUUCAAACCCAACUGAAUGGCUUAUCAGUUUCGCUCGAAAUCAGUUAGAGGCAAUAGUCGGCCGAGCAAAAAUUCUGCAGGAACACCGAAUAAAAAAUGCAUGUUAUGAACCCGAUUGUCCGAAUCCAUACUUUGAUGUCUUCUUUACAUUUGGUGUUAUCGCAGAUGCGUUGGGUAGAUAUUCUGCUGACAAUACGUCAUUAAUUGAAGGCGUAGCUGAGACGCUAGAACAAAUUUGCGUUAACCUGACAAAUAAGAAAGACUUACGCUCGGCAACCCUGAUUUUCAACUCUCCGAGUCUACAUCAGGCUGCACUUGCGGAACAGUUAAUUACGUAUAAAUAG